GCCAUCGCCAACAGAGCCCUCUCCUACGCAUCCCGCGCAACACCACAACCCAAAUCACCCCUCCUCCCGCUCAGUCUACCGGCAUGGCACAAACAGGCGCUGGCGGGUCGUACAACAACCCGCUGAAGAAGUUCAAACUUGUCUUUCUUGGGGAACAAAGCGUUGGCAAGACGUCCCUCAUCACACGCUUCAUGUACGACUCGUUCGACAAUAUGUACCAAGCCACCAUCGGCAUCGACUUCCUCUCCAAGACAAUGUACCUCGAAGACAGGACGGUGCGGUUACAGCUUUGGGAUACGGCAGGCCAGGAACGAUUUAGGAGCUUGAUCCCGUCCUACAUCCGGGACUCGAGCGUGGCGGUGGUGGUCUAUGACAUCUCAAACGCAAAAUCCUUCCAAAACACACGAAAAUGGAUCGACGACGUGCGCGCGGAGCGCGGCAACGACGUCAUCAUCGUGCUGGUGGGCAACAAGACGGACCUCAACGACAAGCGCGAGGUGACGACGCAACAGGGCGAGGAGGAGGCCAAGCGCAACAACCUCAUGUUUGUCGAGACGAGCGCCAAGCUCGGCCACAACGUCAAGACGCUCUUCAAGAGGAUAGCCCAGGCGCUGCCCGGCAUGGAGGGCACCGACGCUGCCGCCCAGGCGUCGAGUCAGAUGAUUGAUGUCAAGACACCCGCUGCACCGGCGCAGCAGGAGGGGUGUGCUUGCUGAAGAGGGAUGGGAAGCAGGUCGGAGGACCGAUGAGGUGUGGAAUGUGGAUGAGGACCUGGAGGGAAGGAUGGAGAUACCGAUAUCCGUUGAUACUGCGCCGCCGGGUCUGGGAGGUGGGAUACGGUGGGACCUGGGUGCCGUCUGCAUCAGCGUUACGGGAAGCAAUUUACUAAUAUGUACCUGAUACACAAUGCUUUGAAUGUCCUGGGCAUCGCUCCUAAGCUAACGUUGACCUUCUGAAAUGAGAAUUGCUAUGUGCUCAGUAUCGCACCAUCCAGUGUAAUGUGUAAUUUCCAUCCCUCCAUCGUAUGGAUAAAGAGUACCGGGUACCUAGCUGAUCA